AUGGGAUCCAACAAUAAUCACUUGUUCGAGCUUCCCGUUAAUGAAGACCACAAUACUCGCCCUACAGGAUACGAGUGCAAGAAUACUCACUUUCCUCCACCACCACCAUAUUCCGCCAACAGUACAUCGACCCAAGAACAAUCCACAGAGAUGCAAAUAAACCGCAAGUCGGGUUUUGCCAAUCGUCUUCACGUCCUCAGUGCCAAGAUUGCUGGUCCCGUGAAUGACUUCGCGAACAAGCUCGGAUGCGAGGCAUUCAUGCCUACCACUCUAGACAAAGAGUGCGACAAAGCAUCACGCAUACUAACAUCUUUCUGUGACGGAACACCACUUACAACCACUUCGCCAAACGACUCAUUAUCAAGACGAAAGGCAAUAGUCAGAAUUCCUCGACAAGUCCUCAAGUCCGCGGCAGGUCUCGCCAUCUUCACCGCAUUCCGGUCUGGGGCGCAGUUUUCCUGGGGCAGCGGUUCUGGCGUUGUUGUAGCGCGGCGGCCCGAUGGGUCGUGGUCGCCGCCAUCUUCCUUUGCCGUCAACACCCUCAGCGUUGGCUUCAUGGUUGCCAUGGAUAUAUACGACUGCGUAUGUGUUCUGCGAACCCCCGAAGCCGUAGCCGCAUUCACCAAACCAAGAGUCUCCUUCGGUGGCGAGGUCGCUGUUACCGCUGGGCCGGUUGGUACGGGCGUGUAUGUUGAUUCGACGGUUAACAGCAACGGGGUUGACGAACCUAUAUGGAGCUAUGUGAAGAGUAGGGGCUUACUAUGGCAGAUGAAGGCGCUAGAACUUAUCCCCGUCAUUUUCGCAAGCAUUAUUGUCUGCAUCCCGAAAAGCGGUGUCCUCAGUCGGAUUGGUGCAACGGUGGCGCUGAGUUGCCUGCAGUAUUCCCUUUACACUUCUCUUUUGGAAUCUUCCCUGCCUCAAGCCCAGAUAACCGGCAUUUCUUUGUUCAGCUGGGGACUGUACGCCAAUGGCACUGAACAGGUUCUGCUCUCGCGCUACGAUGCCGACGAUAUCCUCACGGUAGAGGAGAGACGGUUGGGCCGUCGGUUAAGCACUGUCACCCGUCUUCUUCGUGCCGUGGGCAUGUAUUUUAGCCUGCGCCGUGUUGGCCUACGAGGGGAGAUUUCGAUGAAGAAACGGGUCUCGUCAAAUUCUAUUCUCUUUGUUAUAACAAAGAUUAUUGAGUGCGUGGGCUGUUAUCUCAUCUUGGAUGCCAUAUUGCUUGCGCCGCGUCCAGAAGGGCACCUGAUCACGAGGGAGAAGCAGUCACUGUUCAACUUAUCAAGCUUGACUCGGGAAGAUGUAAUCUUCCGCAUUUCUAGCUCCCUUGGAAAUUGGGUUAUUGGUUAUAUCUCAGUACGAUUAGCCCAUGGCUUUGUAGCUGCGGUAUCAGUUUUGCUUGGUUUGUGUAAGCCGGAGGAUUGGCCGCACCUCAACGGGCCAAUAAGUUCAUGGUCGACUGUUCGGACCUUUUGGGGAACGUUUUGGCAUCAACUUUUCCGCAAGGCUCUGACUGGCUGGGGAGACUUCAUCCCGGAUAGAGUUCUCCGGCUCCGUCGUGGUACGCCGCUGUCGCGAUACUCACGCCUGAUAUUGACAUUCUUCACUUCUGCGCUGAUGCACCGCUGCCUGCAUUACUUCUAUCGUCUUGAGGCCGGAGAGUGGUAUGAGAUUGAGACCUUUUUUCUUCUACAGCCAGUGGCGAUUAUGUUUGAAGAUGCGAUGCAAGCUGCAACCGUGCACAUUCCACUCUCAAGCCCAUUACGUUGGAUAGUUGGGUUUAUCUGGCUAUGCGCAUUCUUCACAUGGGUCACGCCAACAUUCCUUUACCCUACUAUGCGAGUGCCAGAUCCAGGGCAGUUGCUUCCAUUUUCAGUCUUUGGCCAUCUUAUCAAGAAGUAA